AUGGCGUCGUCAUCCAAGCCAUCCAGCACCCUUCUAUAUUCCUGCAUAGCCCAUGGAACCACAAUAUUAGCCGAGCAUUCCUCCCCCGGCGCCUCGUCCACUUCCGCCUCGUCCCUCGCAUCCAUCAUCCUCCCCAAAAUCUCACACGACAAACCCCAAAAACUCACCUAUACGCACGACCGCCUGUUUGUACAUUACAUCGCAGACUCACCCUCCGGCGGCGAUUCCAAAUUCUACCAAGAUGGCAACAGCAAAAGCCCCAUUACUAGUAGUAGUGGAGAAACAGAUUCGCACUCCUCGCUCAGCUACCUGGUCGUCGCAACAGCCGAACAAGGCCGACGCAUCCCCUUCGCCUUUUUGCUAGAAGCCAAACGCAAAUUUCUAGCUGCCUAUCCACCCUCCACAACCGAUUUCGCGGCUUUACCGGCCUAUGGCUGCGCCGCGUACAACUUCGAGCUUAGGGCGUUGUUGCAGCAAUACAAUACCGCACCGCCGGCAGACUCGCUCGCCUCUGCGCGCAGGGAGAUUGACAAUGUGCGGGAUAUCAUGACAGAAAAUAUUGAGCGGGUGCUGGAACGAGGGGAGAGGAUUGAUUUGUUGGUUGAUAAGACGGAUAGGUUGGGAGGGAGUGCGCAUGAUUUCAGAAUGAGGUCGAGGGGGUUGAGGAGGAAGAUGUGGUGGAAGAAUGUUAAGGUCAUGGUUUUAUUGGUUGUGGUGGUUGUGUUUUUGAUUUAUUUGUUCGUCGGUAUGGGGUGCGGGUUGCCGGCUUGGGGGAGGUGUAUUGGGAAGUGA